CUCAGAGUGUGGCGGCGCGCCGGGUUGCGCGCUCGCCCUUAGCCCUCGUGGCUCCCACCUCCCUAUUACCUUUUCAUCAAUAAAAAAAGAUACCAAUUGUGUCCGUUACUUGUAUGUGUACGUAGACCAUGUCAAUUUAUUAGUAUUCAUUCAGAUCGGUCGUGUUUAUGCUCCCGUAGUGUCUUCCUUUGUGUGAUUGACGUUGUUUUGAUGAGGUGGUAACGUGAAAAUGAACGCGGUAUAUAACCUAAGGUCUAUUAAAAAAGCAAUAAAUUAACCCCGUAGAAAGUGCUAAAGUAGUUUAUAGUUCUUCCAUGGACAAAAUGAUAGAUUCGUGUGCGAAGUGUGUGUAAAGAAUGGUGCGAAGAUGCCGCAGCGAGCGCCGACCACGUCAACUUUGAUGCGCCCUUUUGUGGUGUUAGCCCUGCCCGGGAUGUAUCUUCUGUACAAGUACAACCAGUAUCGACAACAGCAAAUGGAGACUGCCAGGCGCCGCGUUACUGAACGGGAGCUUUUGCAUCUCAAUACCAAAAUUGACAAGCUUCUCAACAAGCUUGAAGAAAAUGAACCAGAACUCGCAACGUCACCCGAGGAAGAAUGUGUAAUAUGUGUGAAUGCAAAAGCGACUAUGCAGACAUCGCCGUGCGGUCACUGUGUGGUGUGUCGGCGGUGUUUUGUCAAGACCAUCCAGAUGGCAGUUAGCCAACGCCUACUUCCGUUGCGCUGUGUCAUCUGCAGGGCGAAGAUACUGCGGCUGCGGCAAGCGCCCAGGCUGGUCACUAGCAAAAGUUGGCAGGUCACAAGCAAUAACAGUAAGCUGUGGGGCGUACCUGGAUCUGUUUCGUCGUAUUCUGUGGGAGCCCGCUCAGUGCCGGCUUCAGCUUCCUUGUACUCUGUCACUAGCGGGGAGUCCUCAAUUUCCGGUGUGUCUUCCGUAUCAUCAAAUAGCGGCGGUACUGGCACGUGUUCAGCGAAGUUAUGUGGAGGGUCCAAAUGUGGGGGUGCCUGUCUUGGCGCGAUACCCCGGGUCCCUUCAGCGCCACCCAAACCUCGCCAGCCUGGCUCAAACUCCCUACGACGCUCACAGCAUCAUAGCAUGAAGGCUCGCUUACAAGAGUAUCAAGUGCACAGCUACACAGGAGGGCCUGCGCCUGAGGCCUCGGGUAGACUUCCCCCUAUUCGGGAAUUUCAAAGAGAAUUCCGAGAGGGGAGGCGGGAGAGCGCUAAUUCCGCUUCUGCAUCAACUAGGAUAAGAUGUGCUCAGAAAAUAGUAACACAACUAGAAACUUCACCACAACAAGAAAAGCCAAACUUCUUCCGUACUUUAAAUCCGUCGAAUAAAGAAGACCCACCCAAAUCAAGAGAUCACAGUAAAGAGACUGAACGAAUAAAAGAUAACCCCAAAACAAAACCUAAAAAAGAAGAAAAGAAGAAGAAAGAAUCUGAGGAAAAUGCCAAAACCGAAAAAAUUAAAAAUGAAAACCAUGAUAACAAAAAGAACGAAACAGCUGACAGAAAGAAAGAGGAAAAGUUGCGUCUGAAAGCUGAAAAAGAAGCGAAGAAGGAAGCUAAGCUACAAGCUAAAGAAGAAGAGAGACAGGCGAAGCUAUUUGCCAAAGAAGAAGAAAGACAAGCUAAACUUUUGGCGAAAGAAGAAAAAAAGAAAGCCAAAAAAGAAGCUAAACUUGCAGCACAGGUUGAAAAAGAGAAAAGUAAAUAAUAUAUUGUUUUUACACGUAGAAACUCGUAGCCGUCUUUAGAAUAUAGAUUUAAACAACGUUAUCCAGGGAUGAAAACAAUUAAUACAAUUUUAAUAGAUUUCAAUGGACUUUAAGAAUAAAGUUAUAAUAUAUUAAAAAACUCUAAAUACUGUAAUAUUUAACUAGUAUUUUUUCUUUUGUUAGGCCAUAUUUUUACACGAUAAUAUAUAGUUAUAAAUCCAACAUUGUUGAAUGAAAUCAAAUCUUGACAAAAUAAUUGAACUUAAUUGCAAGAGGUGAACUCAAUCUUUGAGGUGUUACCUGUGUAAAGAUAUUCAGCGCUGAAAAAUAUAGCACCCUAAUGUUGAAGAAUUUAUAGUGAAUAAUGAAUUUGUUAGCCUCCUGUCAAAUUUUCUGUAAACACAUUUUGUCAAAAUUUGAUUACAUUUAACUUAUAAACAUGAGAGAUCAUAUAAAUCAUUUUUUUAAUAGUUCUGGUGUUACAACACUUAAGACUGAACAAGUCAAAAUGUUAUCAUAUCAUUUAAUAGUUUAUUGCAGUCAGUUUUUUCAAUAAUCAUGUCUUGGAUUUUAAGCUUUAAAAUAAAACACAUGAAUUGUACUAACAAGAAAAGGAUGAAAACACUAUCCAUUUACUAAAUCUUCAUGCAAAAUUCAUCUCUGUUAAUUUUAUCUGUGAUUUUAAUGUAAGUUAUCUAGUUUAAAAGUUUUUUUUUAAUUCAAUUGAUUACUAAUAAGUAGCUACCUACAAAGGUUUAGAUCAUAUCAAGCUAAGUGUAAUUAUUAUAAUAAAGCGUUGAUUUUUAUUUUGUAAGAUUCCAUAAAUGACGGUCUAUGGUCAUUUGUUAGAAAUUUCCUGUAAAAUAAAUAAACAUGUUACCA